AUGUCGCAGAUUGAGAAACACCAAUAUCAUCAUAGUUAUUUAAAGAGUGUUUUCUGUGACAUAAGUAGACAAAUUGAAGAAUUGAAAGCAACAUUAGAAUGUGAACGUAUCUACAGAGAGAAACUGGAGUCACGUUUAGAUGAGUCAAAACGUGAAAUUGCAACACUAACCAUACAACUAAAUGAAAGUCAUUCAACCCCUUCUGAUAAUUACCUUAUUAAUAAAUCAAAAGUUCAUCACCAUUUAGAUCAUCAAAAUACCAAGAAAAUGCGUAAAGUCAACGGAAAUACAAGUAGUGUUGAAAGUAGUAGUGUAUGCUGUAUUAAUAAACAUAAGAACAGAUGA